AGAAUGGCCUCUUACACCUGCAUCAGCUGCAGAGUGGCGUUUGGAGAUGGGGACAUCCAGCGAGCUCAUUACAAAACAGACUGGCACCGCUACAACUUAAAGCGCAAGGUGGCCGACAUGCCUCCAGUCACUGCAGAGAACUUCCAGGAGCGAGUUUUAGCUCAGCGGGCUGCAGCAGAGAAGCAGCAAGCCCACUCGUCCACCAUCCAGGCCUGUGAUGUCUGCAAUAAGAAGUUCUCUUCAGACAAUGCCUACCAGAACCACCUGAAGUCUCACAAACACCAGCAAGCAGAGAAGCAGGCCCUGAGAGCGGCUCAGAGCGAAGUAGACAGGCUGAAUGAAAAAAACCUGGAGAAGGGCUUAGGUCCAGAGGAAAUGGACAAUGAUGCCAAGAAUGCUGCCCUGCAGGAGGCACUGAAGAGGCAACAGAGGCCAUGUGGGUCCCACCAAGAGCCCAGUGCCCCUCGGGUACGAGCUGACAAACCUCCCCGCUAUAUGUGGCUAGAGGAGCAGGCCAAGAGGCGGGACAGGGGGGACACUGCCAGCCCGGACCAAGAUGCAGAGGAAGAGUGGGAGGACUUGGAGAAUGAGGAGGAUGAGAACAUGAGCUCUGAUGAGGAAGAGCAGAUGGAGCAGGCAGGCCCAGUUGAAGCCCUCCUGCCUGGGUCCAUCCCUGUGACAGACUGCCUCUUCUGCUCCCACCACUCGCGCACUCUGUUCAAGAACGUGGCGCACAUGACCAGGGUGCAUGGCUUUUUUAUCCCAGACAUCGAGUUCCUUGUGGACCUCCGAGGGCUCAUUCAGUACUUGGGCGAAAAGGUCGGGGCGGGAAAUGUGUGCCUUUGGUGUAAUGAAAAGGGACGCUCGUUUUAUUCGACUGAAGCCGUAAAGAGUCACAUGACCGACAAAAGCCACUGUAAAGUCAACACCGAGGGGGAUGCUGCCCUGGAGUUUGCAGACUUCUAUGACUUUAGGAGCAGCUACCCAGACAGGCCAGAGGAGGGCGAUAUGGAGACAGAAGAUUCUGAGCUUCCAGAAGACAAGACACUGCAGUUUGACGAGGAGACGCUGCAGCUCACACUCCCCUCAGGAGCGAUUAUCGGUCACCGCUCUCUUAUGAGGUACUAUAAACAGCGCUUUGGGCCCCAGCGCGCUGUGGCCUUGUCCCACAGUCAGAAGGCCGUGGGCAGGCUUCUGCGCCAGUAUAAAGCUCUGGGCUGGACCAGAGAUGCAGGGGGACCUCAAAUGCAAAGGCAGAAGGACAUGCAGUAUGUCCAAAUGAUGAAGUCCAAAUGGAUGCUGAAGGUGGGAAUGAGCCACAACACCACGCGACAGAAGCACUUCAGAGCUCAAGUCAUGUUUUAGUCCUCUACACAAGAGCUGCUGCACCAACAAGACCAGUGCAACAAAGACUGGAUUAAAUUCUCUCGAGUCUGCAUCAUGUUGGAACUCUGGCCUAAAGUGGUUUAACACACAAGUGGAUUACAUAUUAUUUUGCAUUGCCUAAAGAUCUCUACUUGGUGAAAUGUAAAGAAAAGUAAACAAUAUGAGUAUUUACAUUGAUAUGUGCACAACAGCAGAACAGUUUGAUCACUAUUUAUUCAAAUGGAAGCUGUUCAAAUCUGAAUGUUAAUUGUUUUCCAGUGUGUGUUCUCACAGAUGUUCAAAAGUAAAAUCUGUCAACUGGACACACAGCUGUAGGAGUGACGACGUUUGGCUGCUCAUCCAAGCAGCAUUCUGGUCAGAAUGCUGGUGGACACUGUCUUAGCUCCUCCCUUCAGACAGAUAUAACUGCACUGAAACUUAAAACAGCUUUUGUUUUCAGAUUUUACUUUUGGCUUUUUUUCUCUAAAUCAGACCUGGUUGACUGAGGGAUUACACAGACAUAAACUUAUUUUAGAAAACUAUGACAUCAUAAUCAUUAUUAUGAAAACGUGAUUAAAAUAUUAUUGAAUAU